GAAAGCUCUUCUCACAGACUAUACCUGAAUGCAGGCUGGGACCAGACCAGGGAUUGUCCUUUUCCUAUUUCAAAAGCAGGUCGAGAUAAGGAGAGCUCAGGAUGUUGAACGAUACCGAUAACGAUAUGCCAAAGGAGUACAGAUAUUCUCUCAUGUUUCUGUACUCCAUGGUUCUAGUCGGAGGGGUUAUCAGUAUGUCGCUCAUGAUCAACCUCCUUCAGUCCAACACGCGCUCUGUGACCACGACCGCUGUACUCAACCUCAUAAUCGUCCACAUUCUCUUUCUCCUGACCGUGCCCUUCCGUAUCUACUACUAUGCAUACGGCACCUGGAAAUUAACCGGCGGUUUCUGCAAGGUGGUCAGCUUGAUGAUCUUUGCUCACAUCCACUUGGCCUUCAUCUUCUAUUGUAUUAUCCUUGUCGGCCGCUAUCUCACGUUUUUCCGAAGAAGCAGCCGGAUGGAGUUUUACCGGACUCUGCACGCAGUGGGCGCCAGCUUGUUGGUGUGGGCCCUGGUGCUGCUCAUCAUGCUCCCUGUUGUCGUCAAGGAAUACGGAUCAAAUUCAAACACUACCGGCAGAGACCAGUGCUUUGACUUUGGAAAUUCGCUAGAAGUGGACACAGUCAAGCUGUUGAACUACAUCCUCAGCUGUAUAAUCUUAGUUGUCACUAUGGCGAUGGCCGGUUUCCAGGUUUGGAUUCUGUGUCACGUGUACAGAACCUAUCGGGCCUUGACCUUCUCUCACCAGGAGUUCUGGGCUCAGAUGAAGAGUGCGUGUUUCGUAGUGGUGAUGGUCGUGUGCUUCGUUCCAUACAAUCUGUUCAGGAUUUAUUAUGUGAGUCAAGCCCAAAGACAUUCUCUGGACCCGAUCAAUGAGAUCCUUUUGGCGGUGACGUCUUUUAGUUGUUUGGACAUGCUGACAUUGAUUGGUAGGCCUACCUGCGUACCCUGCUGCAUUUGAAGAGCCAGUGACGUCACUCAGGACCGUACACCACACACUAACUGUGUGCUGUAACUGUGGUAUUAUUGUAUAUAAUAUGUAGUCAUCCAGUAGCGAAAAUCUGCCAUCAACUUUGGGGGGACAACGAUUAUACUACAUUUUCUCAAGAGCAAUUCCUGAGGUGGAUGUACCAAAUGUACUGCUGUAACACAUAACACACAAAAAAGCUCCAUUGUGUCCAUAAUCAGCAAAGCGCUUUCAUUGCGUAUUCUUAAUAUCAAUUACAUAUUUGUGUUUACAGUGAUUUAUUGG